AUGGCUUCUGAUCCCUUCAUCCGCCCCAACAGCAGCUCCUCCUCUUUCAUCCUUGUGGGUGUCCCCAGCCUGGAAGCUUUCCCUACCUGUCUGGGCAUUCUUUUCUGCUCAGGUUAUAUCAUCGCCUUGGUAGGAAAUGGUAUCGUUUUGCUUGUCAUUGGGCUGGACAACUCCCUGCGUGACCCCAUCCAUUGCUUCCUGGGCAUGCUGGCAGUCAUCGAUGUGGUGAUGGUGACAUCCAUCGUCCCCAAGAUGCUAAGCAUGUUCUGGCUGAACUCUGUGGAGAUUGGUUACAUAGCCUGUUUUGUUCAGAUGUUCCUUGUUCACUCCACAACGUCAGAGGAGUCGGGAGUGCUCCUGGCCAUGGCUAUUGACCGCUACGUUGCAAUUUGUCACCCCCUCAGGUAUCAAGCUAUCUUGAAUCGCCAAACAAUUGCCCAGAUAGGCCUGGCCAUUGUGGUAAGAGCUCUCCUUUUCAUGGUCCCCUUGACAGGGAUGGUGACAAACCUCCCCUACUGCCGUUCCCACGUGGUUCCCCAUUCGUACUGUGAGCACAUGGCCGUGGCAAAGCUGGCGUGCACAGACCCCAGACCCAGCAGGCUUUACAGUGUGGCUGGGUCCUCUCUUAUAGUAGGGAUGGACAUGGCUUUCAUUGCUGUGUCCUAUGGGAUGAUCCUUAAAACUGUCCUGGGGAAGAAAUCGUGGAAGAAAGCCUGGAAGGCUUUCAGCACCUGCGGGUGUCAUAUCUGUGUGGUGCUGCUGUACUACAUCCCUGGGAUAGUCUCCAUAUACGCACAGCAGUUUGGCAGCAGCGUAUCCGUGCACACACAGGUUCUGCUGGCUGAUUUCUACCUGACCCUCCCCACCAUGCUGAACCCCAUCGUUUACAGCAUGAGGACAAAGCGGAUCCGUCAGGCAGUGCUCAAAAUGCUGUUUUCCAGGAAGGCUCAUGCCUGA